UGGCCGCCAGCCUCCUCUGGAGGCCCCCACUCCGCGCAGCUGGCCGCCCCCGCCCUCGGCCAGCCCAGUUUCCUGCCCCUCCCUCCCUCCCUCGCUCUCACUCUCUCGCUCUCUCCUCCCUCCAGCUGUUCCUCUGGCAGAGUUCUGUCCCAUUCAGGCUAGUGAGGAGCUCGGGACAGCACGAGGUCUCCUGGAGAGCCUCCUGAGGGCUGAGGCUAUUUGGGGCUGGGUGGGGGGCAUCCCGUGGCCGAGAGAAAGAAGCUGGACCACAUAGGUCCCCUACACGGCCUCCAGUGGCCUGAAGUCCAGGGGAGCCCUUGGGAAGAGCCAGGCGGAGACCAACCACAAGGUGGGUGAACCAGGGCCCAGAGAGGGAAAGGCAGUGGCUCAGAGCGGCAAGACGAUGAGGAGACUGAGCCCUGGGGAGGGGUUCUGAUGUUAGACCUCCACGAAAGGCACUAGAACAUUGUGGCUGCAGCAUGAGUUUGUUUGGGUGUUUCUAGCUGUGCCCAGGGACUGACUGGCUGAGGACCCCAUCGGAGAGCCUUGGAUACCCUAACUGAACGAGAAUGGGGGAUGAGGAUUACAACACUUCCCUUGCCUAUGAUGACUACCCGGACGAUUUUGACCCCAUCAUGGUCCUGGAGGAAUCUUCUCCCCUGGAAGGCACGACAGCCAGGAUCUUCCUGGUGGUGAUCUACAGCAUCAUCUGCUUCCUCGGGAUCCUGGGCAAUGGGCUGGUGAUCAUCAUCGCCACCUUCAAGAUGAAGAAGACGGUGAACACGGUCUGGUUCCUCAACCUGGCCGUGGCGGACUUCCUGUUCAACGUCUUCCUCCCGAUCCACAUAGCCUACGCGGCCCUGGACUACCACUGGGUCUUUGGGACGGCCAUGUGCAAGAUCAGCAACUUCCUCCUCAUCCACAACAUGUACACCAGCGUCUUCCUGCUGACCGUCAUCAGCUUUGACCGCUGUGUCUCCGUGCUCCUCCCCGUCUGGUCCCAGAACCACCGCAGCGUGCGGCUGGCCUACGUAGCCUGCAUGGUCAUCUGGGUCCUGGCUUUCUUCCUGAGCUCUCCCUCCCUGUUCUUCCGGGACACGGCCCACGUGCACGGGAAGAUAACCUGCUUUAACAACUUCAGCCAGUCGGCGGCCGGCUCUGCCCCGUGGCCCACUCACUCCCGCCUGGACCCCGUGGGCUUCGGCCGGCACACAGUGGUGACCGUCACCCGCUUCCUCUGUGGCUUCCUGGUCCCCGUGCUUGUCAUCACGGCCUGCUACUUCACCAUCGUCUGCAAGCUGCGGCGCAACCGGCUGGCCAAGACCAAGAAGCCCUUCAAGAUCAUUGUGACCAUUGUUACCACCUUCUUCCUCUGCUGGUGCCCCUACCACACCCUCCAUCUGCUGGAGCUCCACCACACCGCUGUGCCCGGCUCCGUCUUUAGCCUGGGUCUGCCCCUGGCCACUGCCAUUGCCAUUGCCAAUAGCUGCAUGAAUCCCAUCCUGUAUGUCUUCAUGGGCCAGGACUUCAAGAAGUUCAAGGUGGCCUUCUUCUCCCGCCUGGUCAAUGCUCUGAGCGAGGACACAGGCCACUCCUCCUACCCCAGCCACAGAAGUUUUACCAAGAUGUCGUCGAUGAACGAGAGGGAGACCAGCAUGCUUUGAGGCCCAUCUGGGAACCCCGAUGGACAGACACUCCGGCCUUGGAGGCCGCAAACUCUGCCUUCUCGAGACCACGGCAGAAACCUCCCCAGGACACACCAACGCCCCCUGUAGUCUGCACGGGGCUGACUGGCAUUUUGAGCUGGGAGUCCAGGGCUUGGAACUCCUUUGUUCGAGUGGCCUGAUGGACUGGGCAAGCCAUGUCCUCUCAACUUUGGACUCUUUCCAUGAGGAUCUGGGGUCUGGGGGAGGCAGGGAUGGAGAAGAGCUCAGGCCCUCAAAGGAGGCCAACUGAAGAUACUCACCCUUGAACUUUCCAGGGUGAUGGUGCUUUGCGGGGCCAUAGCUGUUUGGGAGACGUGGUGCCAGCCCCUUACCCCAGGCCCUGCUCGCACCUUGCCUUUGUUUCCUGGGGGCCGGGUCAUGGCGGGCAGCCAUCACCCGCAGUUUCCACCCCAUCCUGGGGGCUGCCCUUCCUUCCCUGGUCCACCGACUCUGGCUGCCGGUGCUCAGAAUAAAGCACGCCAGGGCGGGAGGCCAGGGAAGGAGGGCCUGUCCUUCUCCUUAGCUUCCUCCGAGCCUUGCCCAAGUCAGCUUCAGGAAACAAGCUGGGGGCGUCCUGCAGGUUGAAGAGCGGGUCCAAGGUCUUGGUCACAGAACUCAGCAGAGCCUGCAGCCUGGGCCCUUGUCCUGUGCUGCUGAGAGGCAGGCGGUGGGGCCUGCCCAGGAGUAGCUCUGUUGCCGUUUCUCAAUGAGGCCUGACACCUUCCCGUGCUACAGUGUCAUUAUCCCACUUACAAGUGACAAAGCAGACGUCCUGUUUGGGGGUGGGGGUGGGGAGUAACUCACAGGGACACACAGCUAGCCGGAAGCCAAGUUAAGAGGUGAAGCCAGCUCUGUCUGGCUCCGGAACCUCUGUUUUUUUGUUUGUUUGUUUUUUUGUUUUUUUUUUAAUGGAGGGUGUAUCUAUUGAGAAUAUUCUAGACUCUCAUGAUAGCCUACAUUUACUUAGCGCCCCCUAUGCUAAACACUGUCCAUGUGUUAUCUCCUUUACUCCCCUCCGCCCCGGCAGGCCUGAGUUAGGUACAGUUAUUACUUCCCUUUUACAUAUGAUGGAUAGCUGCAGCUCAGAGAGGUUAAGUAACUUGCCUAAGGGCGUCCAGUGGGUCUCUGCCAGAACCUGGAUUUGAAAACAGGUCUUUCUGGCUCAGAGAAGGCUGCAGAAUCAGGGUGUGGAGAGAGGCUUGGGGUUUUGACCAUAAAUAUCUAUUACUCGGCAGAUUCAUAUAAACCUCUUAAUAGCGCAUAACCCAGGCUUGCAAAAAGUUUUUCAAAAUGACCCAACAUGGCAAAGAAAGUACACUUCGCCUCCAGUCCCCUGACACCCACCCACACGGGCCCACUGUGGUUCCCAUGUGCUGCACCACCGGCGACCUCCAGGGAAGGCGGGGUGGGGAGAGAAGCUAGGCUGGAGGCGGUCUCUGGUGGGCCUGAGGCCCUCCGGCCUCCGAGUGUCCACAUUCUCUUGUCUUCCACGUGCCGCCGUUGUGAAGCCAAUUCCCUGACAAGAUGCGGUGAACACAUGUAAUGUCUACACAGCGCUGGGCAAGUUCCCGAGGCCACGGGCUUUUGAAAGGGGUUUGGAAAUCACACCUCAUUAAAAGAGGGACUGUUCCUUCCCUCCUUGGGCCAUUGUGCUUAUGAGGAGGCAGCUUGGAACUGACCCCAAGUCAGGGCAUCCAGUGGCUUCAAGAAAUCUAAACUCGGGCCGUCUGGGAGCAAAAAAAAGGAGCUUGAAGUCGUGCCCAGUGCCUUUUGUCACCUCCCACCACCGCAGCACAGGUGAAGGAGCUAAGGCACGGGACAGCGUGGGAUGUCUGGCCCCAGAGGGACAGUCCUCAGCCACUCAGCCUCUGACCCCCAGGUGCUACUUGCUCAGGCCAGGGCCCUCGCUCCUCCUGGGCUGCAUGCCGGCCGGGCCGGGCCAGGGAGCCAGGAAAUCAUUUUGUCGUUGGAAAAGCUGAUGAGCAGGAGUAAAACUCAAACCAGCUGUUUCCUCCUUAAGGUCAGGCCUCUUUCUGGCUGCCCCACCAGGAGUUUCUCAUUAAAUACUGAAAUGCAACCGUGACCUCCUCCUGCAUCUUGUCCCUGCAGCUUCUUCAGAGUGUCUCCCAGGGGACAUAUACAAAGGUCCUGUGGUUCACAAAGAGUGUGCCCUUGCACUACUCCACAGGCGGCCAAUGUGCUUUGUGCCUGAGAGGGUCUGCCCCCAUUGGGGCCAGGAACCAGUCAAUGGGGGCACCCGUGCUGCUUCCUGGGUGGGGCGGGUGGGUGGAGGGCGGACGGGGAAGUGGGCACAGGGACAAGAAGUGAAGGUGGGGUUUGACAGGAAGAGGGGAGGGACGCACAGAGGAAAUGCAAAAUAGAGACCAAGCAAAGGGGUCUGGCAUUCAUUAAACAAGUCAUAAGACUUGUCAGGCUCCGGAUCUCAUCAGACCCUCCAAAGGAGAAGAGGACCAUCGGAGCCACAUGGGUGACGCAGAACGAGAGGUUUGGCUUGCGGGCCCCACCUGCUCAGGGGAGCUCCCAGCUUCUUCAGCCUGUGGGAGUAAGGAGGGCGGCAGGAGGCAGAAGGGGGACCAGAGGGAGGGGCUCAAGAGGGGACAGUGACCCAGAUGUGGCACUGGCUGAGGAAUGAGGAAGGAAUGGCUUAAGCCUGUCCCCAGAGUCAACUCGAGAGGGUUAAGGGGCCAGGCUGGGCAGGAGAGGAUAGAGCCCAACAGUGAGUGCCACAAGGGGCAUUCCCAUUUUACAGAUGAGGGAGCUGAGAGCUGUUCUUUGGUGCAAAUGGAGCUGGUAUUUGCUUGGA